UAUUUUGGAGGCGUACACAGUACAAUGGCAACAUGCUCGAUAGAUAACGAUGCUGUUGAUGAAAUAAAUGAUCCAGGAGCAGCUCCUUACGGCAACUUUAUAAACUACUACACCUUCAAUCCUCCGGAGAACCGCUUGAGUCUGAUUCCGGCCACACUCCUUCAGGAUUUAGGCUACGGCGACGGUCAUCAGACCACACUGGUCCUGGACGUGGGAUGUAAUUCAGGGGAACUGAGUGUAGCCUUUUACAAGCAUCUGGUGGAGGAGCCUGUGUGUGAGGAAGAGUCUCAGAGCAGCAAAGUGAAUCUCCUGGGCUUCGACUUGGAUGAGAUCCUCAUUCAGCGGGCUCAACAGACCAACCCUCUGCCAAACAGCAUCUCCUUCAUCCCCCUGGACAUCAUUAAAGACACUCACCAGCUGCAGAAGUAUCUCAGCCAGCAUGACAGCUCCCACUUCCACCUGUGUCUAUGCCUGGCUGUCACCAUGUGGGUCCACCUAAACCACGGAGACUCCGGCCUGCUGCAGCUGCUCUCUCGCCUGGCUUCCAUCAGCCAGCACCUGUUGCUGGAGGCACAGCCCUGGAAGUGCUACCGCUCUGCAGCCCGGCGGCUGAGGAAGCUGGGCCGCUCGGACUUUGAACACUUCAAGACCCUGAAGAUCCGCGGGGACGUAGCGGAACAUGCCAGGGAGCACCUGGAGAGACACUGUGGCAUGGAGCUCAUCCGGAGCUUCGGCAGCACCGCCUGGGACCGUAAGCUGCUGCUCUUCAAGAGGAGAUGAGCCUGAGGGACAAGAGUUAAGAAUGUUCAUCUGCUGCACUGGUGCUGCAGGGACAUGGUCAGCAAGACAACACCAGAGAAAGUCAUGGAGAGAAUGGGAGAAAAGUAAAGCUGAACUGAUUAGCUGAUCGAUAUUAAUCAGCAAUGAUUAUGAGUUUAUCAUUUAAAUCACUUUUCAAUUAAACAUGCCCAAAAUUUGCUUUUCAUAUGUGAAGAUUUGUGUUUAUCUUUGUCUUAAGUGAUAGUAACCAGAGCAUCUUUGGAUUUUAUGUUCUUGGGGGGACAAGACAAGCAACCUGAGGAGGUCACUUUGAGCUCAACUGGUGAAAGACAUCUUUCAUUUAUUUCCAGACAUUUUGUGGACCAAACUGUUAAUCGAUUGAGAAAUCUGGCAGAUGAUCAGCAUAAUCUGUUAGAACUAUUUGAGGCUGCUAUUUACAAUUGGGUUUACACAUAAUAUAAAACAGAAAAGCAGCCAAUGCUCACUGGAGAAGGUGUAAACAAUAUUUGGAAUUUUUGCUGAAAAAAAUAAAAUUAAUCGAUUAUCAAACAUUGCCAAUUUGACUUUUUGUUGCAGU